GACUGGCCAAGAGAUGAACGUCAACCGCAAACAGAUCGGCAUGGGUCCGGCUCAGGUAAAGACCUGAAGAAAUCCGGGGGAGAAGAAACACCCAGGCAGGUCUGAGAGACCUAGCCGGGCCCAGGAGAGGCCCCGCUCUCCGCUCUCCUAGUCCCACGCCCUCGGGGGGCCCCCCGCCGGCCGCUGUCCCGCCAGCCCCGGGCUCCCCUCCCGGCCCGGCCGGCACUUCCCAGCUCUGACGCGGGCGCUCCCUUCACGCCAAUGAGGCUGCGGCGCGGACGGGCCCCGGCCCUCCUCCAGGAAGGUGUGUCCCUGGUUUCCUCACCUGAAACUUCCGAAGAGAACCAGAUCCCUCCCUCCCGGCCGGGCGGGGCGGCUGCGCGGCCGGGGCCGGCGCCGGGGACCCGAGGGGACUCUUGGGCCAGGACAGCAUGUGACACUUGCCAGGACUCAGCCCUGAUGGAGGCUGAGGAGCCCCAACACGGAGCGGCGACCCCCAUUCCUGCCAGAGUGGAAUUCAGUGUUAUCCUGGCAGCUCCCAUGAGAAGCAGGCAGACCCCUGCCUUGGAGCCUGAAGCUGAAGAGGGCGAGGACCCGUCCUAUCAGUGGGCAGAGAGACACGGGCUCUUGGAGCCCCAGCAGAGAGAUGUAAGGGACGUGAAUGCCUGUGCAACUGAGAGCGUGACCUCUUUUCCCAUCGAAGCCUCUGCAGAUGUGGAGACCAACCACGAAAACCUGAUGGCUGAGGCCCGUGGCACCCCAGAGCCCCAGGAGGCAGGGCCCCAGCGCCCAGCAGAUAGACAGGCAAGGCCGCCAGCUCCCCCAGAGCUCUGGGCCUGCCCCCACCAGGGUGAAUAUCUAGACACGGCCUCAAUAUCCAGUGAACUGGGUAGCAGCAUGGAGGUGGAAUUUAGACCGGAACUCACUUCUUUGAUAUUGGAAACCGGACAAGCCGAAGAAGAGGAGGAAACUCCCCCGGACACCUCUGCCCAGACCAGAUGUGGGCCUUGCUGUGAAGGGCACCCUGCAGAGACCAACCAGCCACAGGACUCAGAAAGUGGACCUGCCAGGCGGGAGAGUGCAGAGAGAGAAGGGGCCGUGUGUCUCCAGAAGGCCGAGGAGCCGGAGGGACAGGGACGAGGGGAGGACGGACUUCAGGGGGAGGGAACUCUGCGGGAGGACGUUUGUUCCGAUGGGCUUUCGGGGGAGCCGGAGCAGGUGGGGGGGCGGGUUAACGGUACAGAGGAAGAACAGAGGCAAAAACAGCAGCGGAUUCAAGGUGAUGCGGUGCUGGCCGAACAAGGGGAAAGCAAGGGCCGUAGUGAGGAAUUGGGAGCUCUGGGUCCCGGUGGGUGGGACCGGAGGGCUCAGGGCCACAGGGAUGUAGAACAAGGGGCACAGAAGGGCGGGGCGUUGACGGGCCCAGAGGAGAGUAAGGUGGGUGUUCAGUACGAGGAGAAUCAACGCUUAGGGGGCAAAUCAGUGAAAGUCACUGGAAAGCAGGAAGGUCAGGGCCCACAGGGGAGAGUGAUGCCGGUGGAGGGGCGGGAGGAGAAGGCGGGGUCCAGCGAGCAGGGGCCUGGCAGUGGGCGUGGGGACCCCCUGGGGGGAGGGGGCGAGGAGAGGCCUACAGGGGGAGGGGGAGAGCAUGACGCUCCUGCCGCACUGGCUCUGCUGGGCCCUGAGGUCUCUUCUCCCCAUGACUUGUUUCCAGAUGCCUGGCGUCCCACAGCCAGGAUCCCCGGGACUCAGACAGAGCCUCGGGCUGAGGAACCGUCCCCUGUAGCUCCGACUCCUACCCUGGAGCUCGUAGGAUGGUCCCAGCAGCUCCCUUCUUUACCUCAUUCCUUUCCUGCCUCCCAGUCGCCUGACCGAGAAACAGCUCAGUACAACCGGCAGGUGGGCUCUGAGCUGGGGAAGGGGACAGCAUCCAGCCGGGCAGAGGAGGGGGUCUCCGUGACCCCUCCAAGGACAGCCGCGCCAGCCCCUCCCAGCCCUCCUGAAGUCUCCCCCGGCCUGACUGCCUCAUCCUCUGCCGGGCCCCAAGUCGCCUGCCCCAGGAGGGAGCCCUCGGUCGCUGCACGUUCUCCAGAAACCUCCAGAGCCCCUCGACCAACCGACAGCCCAGCUCCCUGUGGGGCCUCCGAGAGCCCUGCAGCUGCCCUCCACGGCUCCCCCUCAGCAGGCCAGGCCAGCCCUCGCGGCCCCCCGGACGACCGCACCGGGGCGGCCCGGCGCCCGAGGAACAGCUCCUUCCCGGGCUCUCACGGGACAGAACCGACCCCGGACGUGACGGGAGCGCCGCUCUCCUUCUCCCGCUCAGAGUUGCCCCAGAGACCCCCCAAACCUGCCGCCUACGGCUCUGUGAUCCCAAGAAGGGGCGGGAAAGGCGGAAGGGACUGCGCCAUCGUUCCGGAAUCGCCAAGUUCACUCCCCGCUCCAGGGCAGGACGCUCAAGAAUUUGCCUCCAAUCCGGCAAGGCCCGGCAGCCCCCAAAGCAGUCAGCCGCGGGCCUCCACGCAUCCCUCAGCGUCUGCCCCAGGAUCCCCCGCCCUGGGUGCCUCUUCCCCACCCGCCGGCUCCGCAGAGAAGAGGAUCCGUGGGCCUCCACCCCCUCCUCCCCGAGAGAAGAGGCGCGUCCACUCUGUGGGGGAGGGAGGCCGCCAGCGCUCUGCCGUGGUCCCCACGCUGAGACGGUACAGCCAUCCUCCAACGCAGGCCCUGGGUUUAGGGCUACACGGCCACCCCAGAGGCCCACUGCCCCGAGUUCCUGACCCCCUUGUGGCAAGGCAGCAGCAGCCCCCGCCCUCCACCCCGGACACCCCCCACCAUCCUCAGACCUCCUUCUCUCCCAGGCAAAGAUACAACAAGCCAUUACCCCCAACUCCGGAUGCGUCUCAGCCACACCCUCCUCCUGUUUCUUCUUCGAGGAGCUCAAGGAUCUACAAGCCUCUCCCCCCGGUCCCUAUCGUGAGUCCUCCUACUGAACCACCACCGUUACCCCCAAAGUCCAGGGACAGGAGCAGGCACACGCAGGGGGGGCUCGGAAAUUCAGGGGGUCAGGCCAGGACCAGGCCAGUUUGUCAAGAGUGGACCAUCUCCACUGCCCAUUCUGCGGGACGUGUCUCCUGGCCUCCGGCCACGGGCAGAUCGACAGACUCUUCGGCUCCCGCCAGUAGGAGUAAGAGUGAGGUGCCCCCUGGCAUGGCUUUCAGUAACAUGACAGCUCUUGUAAGUCCCUCUUUCCUGACCAACCCCUGGACUCUGGAGGUCCAGGGACCCACCUCAGAAGAGUCUGAGGUCCCUGGCAGAAGAUCUUUGAGAAGAACAGCCCCCCAGGAAGGAGCCAGUGGCCUGAGGAGGUCGGAUAUAGGCCGAGCGAGGCAGCCGGAAAAGCCCAGCCAUCCCCAUCUGGAGAAGGCGUCCAGCUGGCCUCACAGACGGGACCCAGGGAGACCAGCGGAGGGCAGCAGUGGACAGGUGGUGGUCCCUAGUGAGGGGUCGAGUAAGCUCAAGGACUGGCACCGGCAGGGCCUGCGCAGACCCUCCAUCCUACCCGAGGGCCCUUCAGGAGGUCCAGCCGUGGAAAAAUCCCCUAGCCUUUCAGACGCCAUUGUUUUUCGGGAGAAAAAGCCAAAGGAGGUGAUGGCAGGCUUUUCAAGACGUUGCUCCAAGCUCAUCAAUUCCUCUCAGCUGCUUUACCAGGAGUACAGCGAUGUGUUUCUGAACAAGGAGAUCCAGAGCCAGCAGCGGCUGGACAGCCUGGCAGAGGCACCGGGGCCCGCCUCCCCCCGGCAGCCCCGAAAGGCCUUGGUGUCCUCCGAGUCUUACCUGCAGCGCCUCUCCAUGGCCUCCAGUGGCUCCCUCUGGCAGGAGAUCCCCGUGGUGCGCAAUAGCACCGUGCUGCUCUCCAUGACCCACGAAGACCAAAAACUCCAGGAGGCCAAAUUUGAGCUGAUUGUGUCAGAGGCCUCCUACCUGCGCAGUCUACACAUAGCUGUGGAUCAUUUCCAACAUUCAGAGCAGCUCCGGGCCACCCUUUCCAACCAGGAUCAUCAGUGGCUCUUCUCUCGUUUACAGGACGUGCGUGACGUCAGCACCAUGUUCCUCUCAGACCUGGAAGAGAACUUUGAGGGCAACAUCUUCACCUUCCAAGUGUGUGAUGUGGUCCUGAGCCAUGCCCCCAACUUCCGCCGGGUCUACCUGCCUUAUGUCACCAACCAGACCUACCAGGAACGCACCUUCCAAAGCCUGCUGAAUAGCAACAGCAGUUUCCGAGAGGUCCUGGAGAAGCUGGAGAGUGACCCCAUCUGCCAACGCCUUUCCCUCAAGUCCUUUCUCAUUCUGCCCUUCCAGCGCAUCACCCGUCUCAAGCUGCUGCUCCAGAACAUUCUGAAGAGAACACAGCCUGGCUCCUCAGAGGAAGCAGAGGCCACGAAGGCACACCACGCCCUGGAGGAGCUGAUCCGAGACUGCAAUAAUAACGUCCAGCGGAUGCGACGGACGGAGGAGCUGAUCUACCUGAGCCAGAAGAUCGAGUUUGAGUGCAGAAUAUUCCCGCUCAUUUCACAGUCACGCUGGCUGGUGAAGAGUGGGGAGCUGACGGCCCUGGAGUUCAGCAUCUCCCCAGGGCUGCGGAAGAAGCUGAACGCACGCCCAGUCCACCUGCACCUCUUCAAUGACUGUCUGCUGCUGUCUCGGCCCCGAGAGGGUAGCCGCUUCCUGGUAUUUGACCACGCUCCCUUCUCCUCCGUCCGAGGGGAAAAGUGUGAAAUGAAGCUGCAUGGACCUCACAAAAACCUCUUCCGACUCUUCCUGCGGGACAACGCACAGGGCUCCCAGGCUGAGUUCCUCUUCCGCACCGAGACUCAAAGUGAAAAGCUUCGCUGGAUCUCAGCCUUGGCCAUGCCAAGAGAGGAGUUGGACCUUCUGGAGUGUUAUGAGUCCCCACAAGUACAGUGCCUUCGAGCCUACAAACCCCGAGAGAAUGAUGAGUUGGCACUAGAGAAGGCAGACGUGGUGAUGGUGACUCAGCAAAGCAGUGAUGGCUGGCUGGAGGGCGUGAGACUCUCUGAUGGGGAGCAAGGCUGGUUCCCUGUACAGCAAGUGGAGUUCAUUUCCAACCCAGAGGUCCGUGCACGGAACCUGAAGGAAGCCCACCGAGUCAAGACUGCCAAACUACAGCUGGUGGAACAGCAGACCUAGCUGUUUUCUGGGAGGAAUCCCUUGAGCUUAAGGACAAGAUGUUCCUGGACAGGGCUGGCCCCAGAAUCUGGCAACAGAGGACUUCUGUGCACCAGGAACUAGACCUUCUGAAACCCAAGGACAACACCGAGCUGCCAGUCGCUAGUCCCAGGCCUCCUUUUUCUGUGCUUUGUGCUUGGUGGGGGGAUUUUCAGGGACUUUGCACUGGACUCUGGGAACCUUUUCUCAUAGGAAAAGGGACCAAUGGGGCCUAAGCCAAGGAACUUUACUUCUACUACCCUGCAGUACUUAAACGUUCUUUGCUUCCAGAGUACCAAUUCCAGUGACCAGAGUUUCCAUCAUGGCCGUGUGUUAAAGAGAAUCUGACCUCAGCCCACUGGAGGGAGCUGUUUAAGGGGGAUGAACACGUCAGUUGGGAGGGUUAACCUGGUGACCUUUUAAGGUAUCUUCCAACCCUAGAGAUAUCCCAUAAUUAUCAGGGCGAGGUCAGUGCCUGCGUCUCUGGGAUCCAUCGGUGGCUAUGUGAGGGUGAUACUCUCUCACUCUAAUAAAAUUGGCACUUCUCCCAGUGUUUUCUCCCCAGACCCCUGAACAAGGUUCAGAACGCAGAAUCCUAUGAGGAUUCCAGGCUAUUUGAUUUAGGUGUCAUGAAAGACCACGAUGGUGCCUGGAUUAUGGUAGCAAUCGACUCUUUCUUUGACUCCUCAGAGUUUGGGCAGUUUUUCUGCUUGUUAUGGCCUCAGAGGUUGUAUAAGGAAUUAAAAUGAAUUGAUGGGUGAUGAAUACCCUAUUCAAACCUUCUUUUUUACUGAACCCACAAGUUAAGGUCUAAGCUAGUUUAGGUAGAUUUGGAAAUCCUACUCUGGCCAUUCAUGAGUUUAUAUUUUGACUUGAGUUAUUGUGAAGGUAUCAUUACCGCUGUUUCAUCCUCUUUGUGAGACGCAGCAUGGGGUAGAAUCCUAGAAUCCUAGAUUCUAGGAAAGCGUCUGAGAAUCCAAGUCACGAGACCCAAACUCCAGUCACCGCCCGGCCACGAUGCAGCUUGUCCACGUCUCAGUUUCCUUAAAUGUAAAAUGCAGGAUCGAACCAAGUAGCCUCCAGACUCCCAUCCAACUCUAUGAUAUCCGAUUCUCUGUCUCCCCCUCAGGUUGCCUUUCUCAGUUGAAGAACAUCACCCUUUACCUUUCUUUCUCGUAUUGAGCCCUCGUACAUCAUCUUUUCAGUGGGCUUAUUGUGUUUCUUCCCUGGACAUUCCACCACUCUGGUUUAUCUUUAGGGGGCCUCGAAAGUAGCAGUGCAGUGCAGCUUUGUACGAAGGUAAGAAUAAUACGGUAAACUUUGUCCUAUACCCAAUUAAUGAUGAUAUGACACAAUAGUAUCACUUCUGAUAAGACAUUUUGUUUUUAAUCCAUCCUCAAAUGUAAGUUAGCUUGUUUAAUCCUUAGAAAAGUUAUCACUAUAGUAAUCAAGUUUGGGUUAAUAUUAAUUUAUCCUAAACGGGCUGACACUGCUAAAAAAAUCAAAAAUAGGGAUGACUUUAGAGAAGUUCGAUUGAGAUUUUUCACUCUUUUCAUAAAGCUAGCUUUUUAUUAUUAAUAUAUGAUAUAUUAAUAUGUAUGUAUUAUAAGUAAACUAACAACUGAUUCUUCUUAAUAGCAAUAACAGUCAUUAUAAUCCAAAUUUUUUGUUCACACCAGUAUUUGAACACUGGCCAUAUGGCUCAAACAGAGCCAUAUCCAACCUUAUAUUUUCCAGGCAAACUCUCCCUUAUUUUCCCAGAGAGGUAAAAUAUCAACGUCUGAAUGAUACACAUGUAAAAAAAAUUUUUUAGUUGAAUGACUGCUUCCUUGCUUGAAGUUGCUAGGACUUUCUGAGCACCUUUAGAGCUGACUUCUAUGAGACCGAAACUGUCGUUAGGAAUUUAAUAUGUUUGUUUAAUCAGGUUAUUCUCACCUAAUCUGGCAAAUUAAGAGACAAUUGGCUUCAACUUGUCUUUAGAUCCUUGGUUUUAAAAGCAAAAAACAACAACAACAAAAGCUUAGGUAUGAGUAAUCUUUCCUGAAUUGAAUUACUAAUUUUUUUAUACUUCAGGUUUCAGAAAGUUGGGCACAGUUCUACUUAUUGUCCCUUCCUUCUUCAGAUUUCCAGAAUUUACCUCAAUUUUUUCUUUAACCCUGCUUGGCAUCAGUGUGUUAGAAACUGAGCAAUUUCUUAUGAGAAAUUGUGAGAACAACAAUUAACUAACACUUUUUGGACAGACUGUAUUUGAGGCAUAUAUGAAUAUACAGUAUUUUGUUGGUUUUUUUGAGCUAAACCAGGUAGGAAUAAUGUCUUCAGGAGACGUAAACCACAGUCCUUUUUAUUGCUCCUUUGCUGAAUUGUAACAAGCUUGGAGCUUAAAAUCCUAUAGAUAUAUGCUGAAUCACUUCCUUUGGGCCCUUGACCAUACUGAAUUUCCAUCUGUUACUUUUACCUACUCACAACUUAGAGUACUACUUUGUAAAGUUUAUUUUCACCAUCAACUUUUCACUUAGAGUUAACUGUGAUCUUAAGAUUUUUAUUGUGCAGUACUUGCUCUGUCAGUCAUUUAUAAUGACUUUAAUAAGAUCAGCUUGCAUGUUAGUGUCCGGAAGGCUCACAGUUUGAGAUGUGUUUAUUCUCCCUAAUUUUGUUUUCUCUUAAACAACUUCUAUAUCCACGACAUGAGGUAAAAUGGAUUUUGGUCCUAGGAUGACUGAUUUUUUUUUUUUUUUUAAUUAGCUUUUGGGAUAGAAGUUGUUUAAAAGUCUUUGAAAAUGUAAAGAAAUUACAUUCACUGGCUCUCCUUCUUUUACAUACAUAUUUAUCCCCCUGAAAUAAACCCAAUA